AAAUACAAGUGGAAUGUAAGUAUAGAUGGACAUCGCAGUGAAUUAAAAGUUAAUGAAAUAAAACAAAACUUGGAGUGCAUCAUUGAUAAUUUAAAACAUGAAAACCAGCAGUUAGAAACUAAACUAGUGGAAGCACUAAAACCCGAAUGUAAACUGAAAAAGGACAACACCAAGGUUUUGUCAAUACUAAUAGAAAAGGGUGGCAAACACGAUGAAAUUAUCCUUGAAAAAAAGACAAAAGAAAUAAGGGAAGACAGCUUGAAUAGACUCUUGUAUGUAUUAGAUGUGUUUAAUGUAAGCAGCAAUGCUUAUCAUGAACUUACUAUGCUGUUCAAAAAUCUUCCCAGAUCUCACAAAAUUAAAGAGACAUAUUCGCAGUUAAACAGUAACUUUAUCAUAAAGGAAACUCCAGACGGAUUAGGAUAUGAACAGUCACUCCGAGAGCGGUUACAUGCUGUUGUGCCAAAUUUGAUCGCAAAUGACCCAGAUGCUUAUAUUGACGGGACAUGUCUUAAAGUAAAAAUCUCGGCAGAUGGGACACGGAUCGGGAAACACUUGCAUGUGAUAAGUGGCUUUACUAUCCUUAACGAUAGUAAAUGUGGUUCUGCGCUGGGAAAUUACCCUCUAGCCAUUGUAUGCACUAGGGAACGACACUAUGAACUUACUCAGGCCCUUUCCAAUUUAAGGGAAGAAACAGAUGAAUUAAAUGGAACGUGGAUCUCCAUAGCUGGUGUACAAUUGAAACUUACUCUUUAUCUAGGUGGAGAUUAUAAGUUCUUACUCAUUGCUGUAGGAAUAAGUUCUAUUGCAUCUCAACACACAUGUAUAUACUGCAAGUGUUCAAAACAGGAACGUUAUCGUGUCGAAGAAAAAUGGUCAAUGUCGGAUCCAAACAAAGGGGCGCGAAUUGAUUAUAAGGCAUCGAAUAGUGACAAAAUGCAGAGAAAAACAAAACUGAUUAUUCUUUAUCAAACGAUCCUUUGUUUCCCUAACAUACCUCUAAGAAACGUGGUGAUUGACCAACUGCAUCUCUUUCUGAGGGUUACAGAUAAGCUGUUCAGUCUUCUUGUGUGUGAAUUGAGACUGUUGGACAAUGUAAAGACAAACACUUGUUUCAAAGCUGGCCUUGAUAGAAAUAAGCUUAAACACAUGUCUAGACUGGAGAAACAAUUAAAAGAAGCAGGGAUAAACUUUGAAUUUUUUAUCAACAAAGAUACACGGAAAAUAGAGUUUCGUGAUUUGCAAGGUCCCGAGAAAUUGAAACUCUCAAAGGUAUUUAAAGCCUCUGAAUUACUUGACGAUGAAGAGAGGGCAGGCGUUAUACAAUCCGUCUGGCAUGGGUUUCACUCCAUAAACGAUUUAGUGAAAUCAAGUGCACCCAAAUGUGAAGAAGUGUCUUCUGAGAUUAAUUCAUGGAUCAAGCUGUAUGUAGAUGCGUAUCAGAGAUGUGAUGUUACCCCGUAUAUUCACAUCCUUCAGCAUCAUGUUCCUGAACUGAUUGGAAUUCAUGGAAAUUUGAUUGGAUUUACACAGCAGGGGCUAGAAAAACUUAACGAUAUCGUAACUAAACAGUAUUUCAGAGCAAGUAAUCAUGGAAAAACGUCCUUGAAACAAAUACUCCAGAAGCAAAACCGAAUCACCUUGCUGGAGAAUUAUAAAAGGGUCAAAAUGAAAACUGGCACACAGUUAACUACUAGCUAG